AGUAACUUCCGACAUCCCUUUCAGACACAACAAAAAAAUUCUUGAAGCAAAUUUCAUUUUCCAAUCAAAGCGUCGACUACGAAACAAAAGCGCGCGCACAACGAGUGAAACAAACAAGCUAGAGAAAUUUUACAAAAGUUAAAACAUAUAUUCGACUGAUUUGAGCAGUUGCAAGCCGAAACAAAGAUGGAUGACUCACGCGAAGAAAGCCAGUUCAUUGUGGAUGAUGUGAGCAAGACGAUUAAGGAGGCCAUCGAGACGACCAUCGGGGGCAAUGCGUACCAGCACGACAAGGUGAACAACUGGACCGGCCAGGUGGUGGAGAACUGCCUGACGGUGCUCACCAAGGAGCAGAAGCCCUACAAGUACAUUGUCACGGCCAUGAUUAUGCAGAAGAACGGAGCCGGACUGCACACAGCCAGCUCCUGCUACUGGAACAACGACACAGACGGCAGCUGCACCGUGCGCUGGGAGAACAAGACCAUGUACUGCAUUGUGUCCGUCUUCGGCCUGGCCGUUUAGACGCGAUUCGCGGAUGCGAAUGAGAAUGCCAACCAAGAAGCAACAUAGAAGCAACACACACACCACACACAAACAACUAACUAAUAAGGGGGAGGGAUUAACAAGAUUGCCGCCGUAAAUAAUAUUUCCAGAACAGACAGAAACACACGAACGCAGCCAGGACCAGGACUCGGCCUCGGCAAUGAAUAAUUCAAGUGGAGAGUUACGUACUACACUCGAAACACGCAGGACACACUAAUCAGCAUUAUGUUUACUCGAUUUGGGCGCACGCCAUCCUGAACGUGUUGGAGGUGUACGCGCCUCGAGAUGUUCUUCAAUUUAAAAUUUAAAUCAAUAAAUAAUGUAAUGUAAAAAUAAA